AUGGUGAACACCAACUUAUCAUUCAUGGAGUCUGGUGGAUAUUCAAUGUGUAUCCGCUCAGGCGGAACGACGCUGGAUAAAUAUCCUGCAAAACAGCAUGCUCGUAGGGUGGCAGCCCGGCUUCGAGCCACAAAGGGUCUCGUAUAUCUGAUGGGCCAGCAAACUCGAUUGCUAGAAGAUUCUGAUCAGGCAUUACCCUUUAGGCAAAGACGUUACUUUUUCUACUUGUCAGGUGUGGAUGAACCAGACUGCCAUUUGACCUAUGAUAUCGGGUCGGAUAUUUUGACUCUUUAUGUGCCCGAUUUCAGGCUUCGACGCGCCAUCUGGACAGGCCCAACACUUGGGCGCAAGCAAGCCCUUUCAAGUAUCAGAUACGAUAUUAGUGAUGUCAGAUAUGCCAGCCAACUUGGCGACGAUGUUCUUAACUGGGCAGAUGGCCACGUCGCUGAGGCAGUAAUCUACGUGAUCCAUAGCAAUCAAACUCCGGGAGCACGGCCAGCGAAUGUGCGUUUCGAUGACGACUCUCUUGUACCAGCUAUGGACAUGUGUCGAGAAAUCAAAGACGAGCAUGAGAUAGGACUAAUCCGGCGUGCCAACGAUAUAUCGACAUCGGCACACACAGAAAUUCUUCUCAACGUACACAGCAUGCAAAACGAAGCUGAAAUUGAAGGAAAAUUUUUAAAUUCAUGCGUGUCACAACAUGCCAAAUACCAGGCAUAUGAGAUCAUAGCUGCUUCAGGGGAAAACGCGGCUAUUCUCCACUAUACUAAGAAUAAUCAGCCUCUGAAGGGCCGUCAACUAGUCUGCCUGGAUGCAGGUGCGGAGUGGAAUUGUUACGCAAGUGAUAUCACCCGAACAUUCCCAACACGUCCUCGCUGGCCGAGUUCUGAGGCUCUGGACAUAUACACCUUGGUGGAAUGCAUGCAGGAGAGCUGCAUUAGUAGCAUCAAGGAAGGCGUGAGGUACCUUGAUCUCCAUGUUCUAGCACAUAGAAUUGCCAUUGAGGGUUUGGUCAACCUGGGUAUCUUGAAAGGUGGCUCGCCAGAGGAAAUUUUGAAUUCGGGGGUAUCGCGGGUAUUUUUUCCUCACGGACUAGGCCACCAUGUCGGACUGGAAGUUCACGAUGUAUCAUCAAAGCCACUUAUGGCACUUGAAGGAGAGUAUUAUCAGGGCGUAUCGUUGGCUGGUUGUCGCUCGCCUUGUACGUUAUCGGCACCCUAUCUGAAGCCGGGGAUGGUUGUAACGGUGGAGCCCGGAAUAUACUUCUCGGAGCUGGCGAUCGAGGAUGCUAAAGGGAAACCACUAUCAAAAUACAUUGAUAUGGAAGUGCUAGAAAAGUAUAUGCCUGUAGGCGGAGUUCGGAUAGAAGACGACAUCCUGGUGACAAAACAUGGAUUUGAAAACUUGACGAAAGCGCCGAAAGGCAAGGCGAUGAUGGAAACCAUCCGGAAAGGCAUAGAGCAGUCUCUUGAAUAG